GGAAAAUUUCAUUGAGUCUCAGAGAGAAAUAAGAGAGAGAGAGAGAGAGAGAGAGAGAGAGAGAGAGGCAGCAGAGCAGAACAAAGAAACAAUUCUCUCUCUCACUCUUUCUCAGACGCAUACAGUUUCAGUCCCUUCUCCUACCACCCUCCAUUCUCUCUCUUAUCUGUCUCUCUCUACCAGUUCUUGAUUUUGUGAAAACAAAGCUUUUCUGAUACAAAAGAGAGACAAAACAGACCCAUAAAAGGCAAAAGGCUCCAGAAGACAAAUUAAAGACUGGUCCAAAAAUGUAUGAAGAUACAGUAGGCUGCAACUUUGACCAAAACUCCAUGCCAGAAUCAGCAGAAAGUGUCCUCAACCUCAACCCUCUUCCCCCACCACCUCCACCACAAGUACUCAUGCCUUCUCCCUCAGAAACCCACAACAACAACAACAACAACAGCUUUUCUGUUGCAGAAAACUUGAGACUCUCCAUGGAAGAGCUCUCCUACCCUCAUCAACAAGAUCAUCAUGCUGCCAUGGAAAUUGAGCUCCAAAAUGAACUUGGGUUCAAUCCAUACAGCACCAAUACUGACCAGAACAACCAUAGCAGCCAUUUGGUUUCCUUUGAGCAACAAACCAAUUGGGACAAUAUUCAUGGUGUCCAUGAUCAGAUGCAGCAACAAUUACAAGAUGGUGCUAAUGGUCCAUACCCACCUACACCUGACCUUCUCAACCUUUUCAGCUUACCUAGAUGCUCACCCUCUUCUGUUCUCCAAAACUCGUCCAUUAACUUCACAAACCCCAACCCCAAAAGCUCGAAUUUCCCUAACUCUUUGGGGUUCCUCGGAGAUGUCCAUGGUGGGAUUGACACCCCGCCAGGGACAGCGAGUUCGGUUCUCUAUGACCCACUUUUCCAUUUGAACCUGCCUCCACAGCCACCAUUGUUCAGGGAAUUGCUUCAGUCCUUGCCACAUGGGUACAGCUUGCCAGGCUCAAGAAAUGGGUCUUUGUUUAGUAGUGGUGGGGAUGACAGAGAGGGGAUUGGAGGAGGGGUUUACUCCGAUGGGAUUAAUAAUGGGAGGCAAUUUGAGAAUGGGGUGUUGGAGUUCUCCAGAGAAAUGGGUUCUAUUGGAAGAGGAAGAGAUGUCAAAGGGACGAAACACUUUGCCACUGAGAAACACAGAAGAGUCCAGUUGAAUGGCAAGUACAGUGCCUUGAGGGAUUUGGUUCCAAACCCAACAAAGACUGAUAGAGCAUCAAUUGUGGGAGAUGCAAUUGAUUACAUAAAGGAGCUUCUGAGGACAGUGGAUGAGCUGAAAUUGCUGGUGGAGAAGAAAAGGUGUGGGAGAGAGAGGAGCAAGAGGCGCAGGACUGAACAAGAUGGUGGUGCUGGAGAUGAUGAGAGCUGCAACAUGAAGCCUCUUGGUGACCCUCAUGACCAGUCCUACAACAAUGGCUCUCUGAGGAGCUCAUGGCUUCAGAGGAAAUCCAAGGACACUGAGGUCGAUAUCCGCAUUAUCGAUGAUGAAGUUACGAUCAAACUGGUUCAGAGGAAGAAGAUCAAUCUGUUGCUGUAUGUGUCCAAGCUUCUUGAUGAGCUGCAGCUUGAUCUGCAUCAUGUUGCUGGUGGACACAUUGGCAAUUCCUACAGCUUCUUGUUCAACACCAAGAUGUAUGAAGGGUCAUCUUUGUAUGCAAGUGCCAUAGCCCAAAAGCUCAUUGAGGUUCUGGACAAACAAUAUGCAGCAGUUCCACCUACCAACAGUUUUUAGGGAGGCAUGAGUUGUUCCUUGGGAUUAAUAGAUACUUUCUCUGUUGUUGAUCUUACUAUAUGAUGCUGAAUUUUAAAAGUAGACAAUAAACUUGGUGUGACAGAAGCAUGAAAUAGAACAUUAGGACUUAUAUAUUUUCUGGGUUUGCAUGGUUUUGAUAAUUAGUCACUUUAAUGUGG